AUGUCGGCUGCAAGUAUCCAUACUGCGCCCAUUGGGCUUGGUCUUUCCCCGACCAAGUCGAAUCUCACGCAACAGAUUGAACAGAGCGAAGGCGAACGCACUCCCCGAUCCUCCAGAACAUCCUUCAAGGGCUCUCCAAAGCCACGGUCUCUCUCUGACGCUCCCAAGCCCGUUCUGUCUCCCUCGCCCGCCUUUCGAGAACCUUUGCGACGAAUCUCUAAGGAUGACUCGGCUAUUACUACUCCCACAACACCCGCUCGUCCUCCUAUACAUACUCGGGGCCUAUCCCUCCACAUGCCAUCAAAAGACGCCGCUGGAACAAGCCCAGGUCCCACGAUACCACGAAUCCCGUUAUCACCAAAGCUAGAUUCGUCCUACGUCUACGGAUCGCCCUCGUCCAUGCUCCCAAGAAGAUCACGAGGACUGGACUAUACAAGGGCGUGCACCAAUUUGCACCAUUCCACACUUGCAGAAGCGUCUCCAGAUGCCUCGCCCAUCACAGGGAGAGGGAUACAAAUACCCCAAAGGAGAAGUCUUGGGAAUACCGUACUUGACUCACCAAGCAAUCAGUCGAAUGCUUUGUGGUCAUUGUCAAACGAUAGAACAAACCUGUCUAGCUCCGUCAGCUCUGUUAACAUGAUGGGCUCUGAGUCUGAUUCCGAGUCGGAUACUUCUUCGGACGACAUGGCCAUCGACCGUGAAUUGGACGAAGCAAUAUUGAGCACCCCUGCGGCGUCAAGGCUGAACCCGGGGCCCAUGCCAGGCUGGGUGAACAGCCCCGGGAUGGAAUGGAUGAACAAUCAACCAUCUCCUGCACAAGCAAGUCUUAUGAGCUUUCAGCCCAACCUGAUGAGUUUUAGGAGAGCUCGCACGCGCAAGGGCAAAAGCCAACAUAGCUCCAGCAGCGUGAGCAUGAACAGCUCCAAGCCUUCACCGGGACCUUUGUCACCUGGCGUUCUGAAAAGCGUUGAGAACGCAGGUGGUAGUUACUUCGGAACGGGGCUCACCAAACAACAAGUCCAGUCUCGGCGCGAAAGUUUAAGUCUGGGCACCAACGAUCUCCAUCUAUCAGAUAGCGAAGACAAUAACACUGUCAGAACAAACGGGGGCCAGUCUCUUUCGGACAUGGACGGCGCAAAUGGCGACGACCCUAGAAAGGUCAUUCGCAGAGCUGUAACCCGCAGAGGCAAUUUGCUUCCCAAGACAAAAGGCUUUGCCCGAAUUCGUGCUCAGCUGUUGGAAGAAGCCGCCCCAAUCGAAAGUGAAGCGCGACGCGAGGCAGAAGUCAUUCGCCAAGUACACGAGAAUGAGCCGGCCGUCUCUCAACCAAAGUCCCCGACGAUAGCUGCCCAUCAGAACAACAACUUUGCAGCGGAGCCCAUAGAGGAGUCGAUCGAAGAUAUGAUGAUGGACAACAAAGGCCUGCUCCCCCCUGAUAGCUUUAGUCGACAGGCCGAGAGGAACUCCGCAGGCAUAGGGUUUUGGAACGGAUUUGACGAGCGGUACCGAACCCCACCACCAUCUUUGCGACCUCGCGAAAGCUCUUCCGCCAUCAGCGACGAUAUGAUGGAUACUCCUGGCUCAUCACUAGUCGACAAUCCUGCCCUGAAGCAUUUCAACCGAUCUAGAUCUAGGUCGACCACUCCCUUGGCUUCUAACCCACCUACCGCCGGAGAUGUCGCCCGACGAGUUAACAACAAGCGACGCCGUGAAGAGGACUUUGACCCGUCGUACACCAAACGCCGAGCGGUGUCCCCCGGCAUGAGUGUCCAAAGCAGUCCUAUCCUGCCACAGAGCCCUGUUCUAACAAACGACAAAGCGUGGUCUAAACUGCCACCGAAGGGAUCCGGGCAUGGCCAUGGGGAUCGCAGCAAUAGCGGGAGCAGUCAUAACGGAACGAAGAAAAUUGGUUUGCAAGGCAUGACCGAAACGAAUGAAGGCAUCAUGAGCAUGAGCAUUGACUAG